CAGUCACAUCGUUGGUACAACACAACCUGCCAAUCAUUUUCAGGACCUACUCCUAUAGCGAGCAGGAACAAUGCUAACACAGGAAACGAUCUUAGAUUUAACUCUCACAGUAUAGAACAACCCCUCAGUUCUAAUCAGAACAUAGAAAAUGAUAGCUUCGCCAUCUCUAAUAGUAAACAAUAUGAACAGCUCGUACUAAUGACAGCUGAAGGAAACAAAGUAUUAUUCUUCUUCGAUACUGGCGCGCGAAAGACCGUAAUCAAAGAAGCAUUCGCUGAACGAUUAAGCCUGCCAAAACUUACAACAGAAACCUCUACAGGAGUAGACGCAGAAUUUCUACAAGCUCGAGAACUUUUUAUCGCGAAUUCUCAAAUCCGAGGUAAGCGUCAAGUCCCACAAAUCUUGGUGGUCUUGACCACUACUACGAUCGAAUACUUUCGAACACCAUCAACUAUUAAACCCCAUCAGGCUUACAUAUCGCAAAAAUUCGGUCCGAUUUAUACGGUCGUGGAACCAUUAACUCGACCGAUACUGUAA